AUGGUAACUGCAAUAAAGAUGGUCUCAUUGAUUUCAUUAUUAUCUACUGCUGUUCUUUCACAAGUGGUGUUAUCCAAAUCAGUUACAUUACCUAAAUUAACGUCAUCAGAUAAAUAUUUUGAACAAAGUGAUCCAAAUAUCCCAGUUAAUCAAAUUGAUGAUUCAAAAAACUUUGGAUUAAAAUCUGAAUAUACUUGGUCUGAUGUAACUUCACAAUUGGACGACUCGCACAAAUUAUUUUACAUUCAACGUCAUUCUGAAGGUUGGCAUCAAAUUGCAAAAUCCAAAUUGGGUAUUUCCGACCUUGAUUGGGAUUGUUAUUGGCAAGAACAAGAUGGAAAAGAUGGCAUUGUAUGGGCAGAUGCUGAAUUAACACCAAACGGAGUUCAACAAUCAAAAGAUUUAUCAAAUCAAAUUCAAAAUACAAAUGGUUUACCAUGGCCUCAAAAAUGGAUUUCAUCACCAUUGAGAAGAACAUUACAAACUUGGAAUUUAACGUGGUUGAAUUUAAAACAUGAUACACCAUUAAUUAUUGAAUUUGCUAGAGAAACUUAUGGUAUUCAAACUGAAUCUCAAAGACAUCCAAAAUCAUAUAUACAAAAAAAUUUUCCAAUUUUUGAAUUUGAAUCUGGAUUUACAGAAAAUGAUGAGUUAUGGAGUAGUAAAUAUAGAGAACCAGGUUCUCAUAGAAAAUAUAGAGCUGCUCAAUUAAUUAAUCAAAUUUUUGAUGAUUUUAAAGAUCAAAAAAUAAUUUCACUUGUUUCUCAUUCUGGAUUAAUUGGUUCUAUAUUAGAUGUUGUUGGUCAUAGAUCAAUUCCAAUUGAAAAUGGUAAAUUAUUACCUAUUUUAAUUCAUCAAAAACCUCACAAAACUGAAGAUUAUGAUGUUAGUAAACCAUCUAAAACUUUUAAAGAUGUUUGUCCGAAUCCUCCAAGUACUAUAUCUGGUGUUUCAAGUUAUACUACUCCAGUAUAUACAAAUAAUUAA